GCUGAAGGCGCUGGGCGAGGGCAGCAAGCAGUGGUCGUCCAGCGCCCCCAACCUGGGCAAGUCCCCGAAACGCGCCCCCAUGACUGGGGGCUUCGCCAGCCUGACGGAGAUGGAGGAGUACGUGGAGGCGGAGGGCAGCACCCCCCAGUCCCCGGCGGAGCUGCCCCCCGGCAGGGCCGGGCCCCACAAGCGCAGCGCCUUGGCUCUCCUGGGCUGUGCCUCCGUCCUGGCCUCGGUGGCACUGGGCAGUGACCUGCUGGAGCUGGGCCGGGAGCAGGCGGGGAGGCCGUGCCCGCGGGGGGGCCGUGCCCAGGGGCCCCCCAGCUCCGUCACGCUGCUCUCGCUCUCCUCCCUCUCCGACUGCAACUCCACCAAGUCCCUGCUGCCCUCGGACGAGGAGCCGCCCGCCCCGGCCCCCAGGCCCCCGGCCUCCCCCCUCGGCACCCCCCCGGCCCAUAACCCCCUGCUGGACCUCCGGGCCGAGAGCUUCAAGAGGGACCCGCGCCAGUCGCUGACGCCCACCCACGUGACGGCCGCCCGGGCGCUGCCCCGCGGGCACCGGCGAACGCCCUCGGACGGGGCCCUGCGCCCGCCCG